CCAAGCAAUCCUAAAGAACAAGGCAAACUAGGAAAACAAUUUAACCUUCAUAGGACAUUGUUUCCUCCUCCCAACUCCUAGGGGUAGAUCUAGAUCUGAUCAUGUGAAUUCAAUAACUUUAAUUUAUAUUUUGUGUGACGUAGAAAUUCAUCAUAAACUUCAAAUCUUGGAUCCACUCUAAGGAGUAGCAAUUGACAAAACUACACAUUCUCUUGCAUACCAUUAAUGGCUGUCUCUUUCUUCUUCUUCUUCAUUUGUUUCUCAAUACUCCAAAUACCCCUCUUUUCCACAGCAACAAUCCACAAAACAGUUCUAAUCAGACCAAAUUUCACCACUCAACAAGACAUUUCUCCCAAGAGACACCCCACAACCUAUUUUGAAGUCACAAAUCCUAUAAAAUUACCCAAAACCAAAUCUUGUUCCUACUUAGUCCUCAAACAUGACUUUGCCUAUACAUAUGGGAAACCACCAAUCCUCACAAAUUACACACCCCCUUCAAAUUGCCCUUCAAAAAAGUUCUCCAAAAUCAUUCUUGAAUGGAAAGCAACAAGUAAAGGAAGACAAUUUGAUAGAAUUUUUGGGAUUUGGCUUGGUGGGGUUGAAAUUUUCAGGAGUUGUACUGCAGAGCCAAGGCCAAAUGGAGUUAUUUGGACUGUGAAGAAGGAUAUUACUAGGUAUUCUUCUUUGCUUAUGACUAAUCAAACUCUUGCUGUUUAUAUUGGGAACAUUGUUGAUAGUAAAUAUACUGGGGUUUAUCAUGUAGAAAUUUUUGUUCAUUUUUAUCCUACUGAAAAAGUGAAAAACCCCUUUAAGGGAUUUGAUUCUGGGGCUGAUUUAAUCGUACCCAUAUCGCGUAAUUUGCCGUUGAAUGAUGGUUUGUGGUUUGAGAUUGAGAAUUCUACAGAUGUACAGUCAAAAGAGUUCAAAAUCCCACAAAAUGUAUACAGGGCUGUAUUGGAAAUUUAUGUGUCUUUUCAUGAGAAUGAUGAGUUCUGGUAUGGAAAUUUGCCAAAUGAUUAUAUUACUGCGAAUAAUCGUAGUGAUAUUGCGGGGAAUGGUGCUUUUAGAGAGGUGAUAGUGAGUUUGGAUGAUGUUGUAGUUGGUGCAGUUUGGCCUUUUACUGUGAUUUAUACUGGUGGUAUCAAUCCUCUGUUAUGGAGACCUAUAAGUGGAAUUGGCUCAUUUGAUCUUCCUUCAUAUGAUAUUGAAAUUACGCCAUUGUUAGGGAAGAUCUUAGAUGGAAGUUCUCAUAAUAUUUCGUUUAGUGUUACAAAUGCUUUGAAUGUAUGGUAUGUUGAUGCAAAUUUGCACCUUUGGUUGGAUAAAAAGAGUGUAAAAACAGAAGGGAAGUUGUUGGAGUAUAGUAGUUUGCCCCUUUCAUUUUCUCUCACGAGUAAUUUUACUGGUCUUGAUGGUUCCUUUGUGACAAAUGCUCGUAGAUCGAUCUCAAUGACUGGAUGGGUAAAAUCAUCUUAUGGAACAGUCACAACGAGAUCAUUUCAAAGUUUGAGCUAUAGUAACUAUAUGGUGAUGGGAAAUGAUGCGAACUUGCAAGUUGUUGAUCAGACUAUUGAGUUUAAUGACACUGUUUAUGCUAAGACGCGGUCUUUUUCUGUUCAGGUUCUUGAAUCCUUGAAAAAGUUUCAGCUUCACAUGUACUCUGAUGGAGUUGAGAUAGGAGAUAAAAGCUAUGCUGCUAUCUCGAAUGUGACUUUGAUAUUCGAUGAGAAGAGGUUGAAGUAUGGAUCCUCAGCCAGCUCUGUUCACAAUCUGCAGAACGCGCAGGGCUAUAUGCUUGUAAAGGACCAGUCGCUAGACAGUGGACUCGGGAGCACACAACAGAUAUACAAAUACAACGACGAUAAAGGCUGCUACUUCAGGAACAUAAGCAGCUCAAAUUACACAGUGCUUUAUGACAAGGUGAUCAAUAGUUGUAGCAAAUUGAUCAAUACUGUAUCAUAGCUUCUAAGUAUCAUGCAAAUGCAGUGACCUUUUCAUGUUCCUGAGAGUAGAGGCAGAUUCAGAAUUUGAAGUUUACUGGUUUCUAUAGCUAUAUCGAGUUAAUACAUAAUAAUAUUUGGGUUCACAAUCAAAUAUUUAUAGAUAUUGUGUGAAUUCUUAGAUAGAAAUACAGGGUUCAGGCAAAAGCUACUGAGUUGACCUGAAUCCGUAGCUUUAAGUCUAUAUCUGCCCUUGCCUGAGAGUUCACGAAGAAAUAAACAUGUGAAUAAACUAGCGCGGUUUGUACCAUUCA